AUGGCUACUCGUCCCCAAAACAUCGGCAUCAAGGCCAUUGAGGUCUACUUCCCUACUCAGUGUGUCGACCAGGCUGAGUUGGAAAAGUACGAUGGCGUCGCUGCCGGAAAAUACACCAUUGGUCUUGGACAGACCAAGAUGAGCUUCUGUGAUGACCGUGAGGACAUCUACUCUAUGACUCUCACCGUCCUCUCCUCCCUCAUGAAGAAAUACAGCAUCGACCCCAACUCCGUGGGAAGACUCGAGGUUGGCACCGAGACCCUUUUGGACAAGUCCAAGUCCGUCAAGUCCGUUCUGAUGCAGCUUUUCGCUCCUCACGGAAACACCAACAUUGAGGGUGUCGACAACGUCAACGCCUGCUACGGUGGCACCAACGCUGUCUUCAACAGCAUCAACUGGGUCGAGUCCUCCGCCUGGGAUGGCCGUGAUGCCGUGGUGGUUUGCGGUGAUAUUGCUCUGUACGCUGCUGGCGCUGCCCGCCCUACUGGUGGUGCUGGCUGCGUGGCCAUGGUUAUUGGCCCCGAUGCUCCUAUCGUCUUCGAGGCCGGUCUUCGUGCCUCUUACCUCACCCACGCCUACGAUUUCUACAAGCCCGACCUCACCAGCGAGUACCCCGUUGUCGACGGUCACUACUCCCUUCGCUGCUACACCGAGGCUGUUGAUGCCUGCUACAAGGCCUACGAUGCCCGCGAGAAGACCCUGAAGGCCCAGGCCAACGGUAAUGGUACCAACGGCGCCGCCGAUGAGUCCCUCACCCCCCCUGGAUCGCUUCGACUACAUUCUUCCUACGCUCGUAUGCUCUACAACGACUACCUCGCCAACCCUUCGCACCCCGCUUUCACCGAGGUCGCCCCUGAGCUCCGCGACCUGGACUAUGAGAAGUCCCUUACCGACAAGGUUGUUGAGAAGACCUUCAUGGGUCUCACCAAGAAGCGUUUCGCCGAGCGUGUCAGCCCUGGUCUCCAGGUCGCCACCCAGUGUGGUAACAUGUACACUGCCACCGUUUACGGCGGGUUGGCCAGUCUGCUCAGCAAUGUCGCUUUCGACCCCGAGCAGGUCAAGCGCAUCGGUCUGUUCAGUUACGGUUCCGGUCUUGCCAGCUCCAUGUUCAGCGCCAAGAUUGUCGGCGAUGUGUCCGGCAUGGUUGAGAAGCUUGACCUCCAGAAGCGUCUCAAUGCCCGCACUAUCCUCGAGCCUGCUGCGUAUGAUGACAUGUGCAAGCUCCGUGAGCACGCCCACCUGAAGAAGAACUUCCAGCCCGUUGGUAAAACCGAGACUAUUGGAUCCGGUGUUUACUACCUGACUGAGGUGGAUGACAUGUUCCGCCGCAAGUACGAGAUCAAGGCUUAA